GGAAUAUGAUUUCAUUCAUGAUAAAGACUGGAUAGAUAUUCGGUCUGUCAAAGAUAUGACCAAAUAAUGUGCUCAUAUUAGUAUCCAAAUUGUUAACCUCAAUCAUGUAUUGGUAAGCAGCUAGUUUUGCCGUUAACUGAUAUAACAGAUUUUUCAUCCAUCAAUGUCGUUGGGAUUCUGUUCAGUCCUCUCAGUGUACUAAAACAAUUGCUUUUGUUAGGUUUCAGUUUCGCGUUAAAGAGAUUUCGUAUUCCGAACUUGACAAUACCUAGGCCUGAAUGUUUCAUGACCACUUGUAAAGAACGAGUCCAGUCUCCAUACGAUUUUUUACAAUUGCCAGCAAUACGUAUAUCUACUCUAGACCACAACUUGUCAACUUCUGAAUGUCAUUACUGAAGUAGUUCUGAACAACUUUUUUGGUGUUUGUAUCCUGCUUGUUAUCAUAUUUUUAUUUCAGACUGCAUCUCUGACCACAAGAUCACAUACUUAAUUUGCUGAACAAAUACCUAUGAACUACACCUUUGUUUUCUUGUGCUAUCGUUCAUCAUUGAGGUAAGAGCACCCUCAGACUACAAGUGCCACAUCACUGAUGACUUUAAUACACUGAGAAAAAUCAAGCAUAUUUUAUUUGCUCUAGACAGCAAUAAAGGGCUAGAGUUUACUUCAGUAUUUAUGUGAAAAAAGGCUAUAAAUAUCCUAUAGUAGUUACUACAAUUAUCAUUUCUUUAAUAAAUACAGAAGUUUAACAAAUUUAUUAACGAGUAAUCCGAAUACGUUAAUUUUCGAUCGUAAAAUGUCAGCUUCUGAAGCAUGCAAAAAGUCUCUUGUUACCUUGGAGUCAUACCUUAGAGACGAACAUACUAAUUCAGAAACUUUGAAAUUUUCUGCUAACAGCGUACUUACAAUUGAUGGAAAGAAACCAAGUCCACUAGAGGAAGUCGAAAUUUUGGAUACCAUAGCUACGUACAUAAUGCUGAAAAACGAAGAGGAUGUGAAGUAUCGCUUGUUCUUCGAAGUCUUUCCUGCUGAUAAGGAUAUUAGCACUGACUGUUUGUACUUCCUAAUAAAAUUAUCAUCGUUAGCUAUUUGUCUUGGGCUAUCCCCGGUACUCGAAAUUGUUUCUUUGUGGCUAAAGGUCCGAGUUUGCCAACUUUAUGCAUCCUCAGCACUACAGUCAGCUAAUUAUUUACCUUACAUUUCGUAUGAAAUUAUUGAGGAGUUUGUUACAGCGCUUACAUCCGAUAUGCUCAGUAUACAGGCAUCUCCAUUAACUUCGAAUCCAACAUUGUCGAAAAACGAUAUUAUCCAGAGUGGAGAUCCAAACAAAGACAACCCAUUAUACACUAUCCCAUCAGUAUCACCUGUAUUCGCAGACGCAUUUUUGUCUGGAGUUACUUUGGUUUAUGGGUUCUAUCCUUCCCUAAAAUCAUCCGUUUGCAAUUUUCCUGUAACGCACGAAGCAACCAAAAUUCCUCCUCCGCAGAUUAUUUUAUGUAUCUCCAACUGGUUAAGACUUUCGAGGAUUUCGAAGCAGCAUCAACUUGGAACUAAUCCACUCAGCAGCUGGACCAGUAUAGAUUGGCCAAGUGCAGCUAGACGUUUUAAGUUUCUCAACCAACCCCGCUUUUCUGUUGAUCAGAUUUUGAUGUUUCAACCACCUCCCCCACUUUGCCUAAUGUGGUGGACUAUUUUUGAACCACUAAGACAUAUAAUGCGUUACUCUUGCAAAUCGAAACAAGAUGACAGUGGCAAGUUGAUAUCCAGCUGUAUUUCAGAACUACAUUAUGAACUUCUGCAGUGUUUGUCAGAACCUGCCAGUCUUGCUUCCCACCGUCAUGGCAGUGGAGUUCCCGGACAGUCUGGAUUUUCAACUUGGCUUCUUACAUGUUCGCGAAAGAUGGAGUAUACAAAAGAAUUUUACUAUAUGGAAUCAAUGAUUACUCAAGUUCAUGAACAGUGUAACUUGAUUAGUUCGCUACCGAAACAUGAAUCGUCAGGGGAUAAACAAAUUGACCUUUUAGAACUAAUGAUCAUUCGAUUGGCAGAAUUUAUGCAAAUUUGUUGGGUUAGUGGACGGAUACGCAAUUUAAGUUCAGACUAUAUUAAUGGAAAUAGUCAACUUUACAGCUUCUCCAUGUUAUAUCCUAGCGAAGAUUAAAUUAUGGGUGACUUCUGGGAACUAUUUUUGGACUGUUAUCAUAUAUAUGUUCUUAUUGGAUAACUUAAGUAUUUUAUACAUAUGUUCAUAUAUUUUCCAUUUGACCUAUUGACUACUAUUAUAUGAUUUACUAUUGUUAAGUUAUUACCAAUUUAUUAGUUACAGUAUCUCACACAUACACAUUUGGUCAGAUCUUGUAUAAUUGCUGUUUUCUACUUCAUAGUAUGAUGCGGUCUAAUUUGCUUGUAUUUAAACUACAUAUGUCUGAAAUACGCGAUACAUAUAGUAGAAGCUGUGUUCUGGACUCAGAGUUGACCAUACGCUGUUCGUACUGCUUAAUCCGUCAUUGAUCUGGUAUAGUAUCAAGGUCAUGGGAGUCCAUGUUUUAACUGGGCAAUCUAAACACGUGACAUAAUUAGCAGGCCAUAGAACACAACACUUCACAAAUCCAAAUGAUUAUAGAUUACAUUCAUUCACCACAAAUUAAAUAGUCUAACAAUCGUGCCAACUUACUGUUUAAAUGCCUGCUCACAUGCCUCUCUGGAAUGCACAACAUUCAGAUGUUGUUGUUCUUCAUUUUCAUAUCGUCUCAUUUCCUCUUCACUUUUUCUUUGUAAAACUUUAGCUCUUAACCAGUUUGAUAAUUUAUGAUCACGUGAUUUUUUAUCUGCAAUCUAAUUUUCAUGGAAAUUCAGACGAGUUUUUUGUAAGAAUAUAUUCAUUUUAAGGGUUUCCCUAUUUAUUUUUUCAAAUAUAUAUUGUACUACAUUUAUUGUUAUCAGAAUUUAACCUUUUUUAAGAAUAUGUUCUCUUUUGUGUUUUUCCCUCUCCUCCACCUUAACUCCCAUGUAUUCCUGAUAUUUAAGUCGAUGCCGCACCUUUAUGAAUUCAGAAAAUCAGUAGUGUAUUUUGAAAACAGUUUCUUUGUUUAAAUAUACCAUUUUC